AUGGCGCACAUCAAGCUAGAAGCCGCCCUUGAGACAUCCAACAAGUGGAACAUCACAAGUGUGCCACUGCUGCAUUGGCAGAGCAAGCUCAAGUGCAGGCAGCGAUUGCAAGAAGAGGAAGAAGUGAAACAAGGGCUACAGAGCUCCUCCUUUCCUAAGAGGGUUGCUCAUACUGCCUUGUCAUUUGUUUCAUCAAAGUUUAGCAGCGGUAACGACGACAAGCUAAGAGGAUCCACCACCUUCUGGCGAUUUGAGCGGUUUGCUGAUGGAGCGAGCGAGUUCUUGAGCUUAUGGCUUUCUGAGAGUACUGACAUAGUUGGGGUUGUAGUCAGAUGCCUGCAGCUGUUCAUACCAUACUUGAGCUCAACAGCCGAGACUGUGAAGACAAAGCUCACCCAGAUGCCAAUGCAAGACUUGUGUUGGGUGUUUGAUGCUUAUUCAGUUUAUGGCUGUGAUGAACAACAGAACAGUCUUCACACCAUGUGUUCUAAAUGGUUUCGACCAAACCCAUUUUGCUGUCAACAACAAAAUCAUUGCCAUCUGGGCGAGAUCACGAUGCCAAAAGCAGUAGAUUGCCUUAGUAGGAAUGUGGAAGCUACCUCAUAUCAGAUGUCGUGUAAGUCUAAGCAUGGAAGCGCGUACCUUCGGGUGGAGAAGACCUCAUGGAGAGCAACUACUAGGAAGGACAAAGUUGGAAAACGCUGUAAGCAACGGCAGGACAAGAAGGUGCCAGUUCAGGGAUGGACAGGUGCUAACAGACAACCGAUUCUACAGCAGGUUUGUUUGAUCAAUCUUAAUGGCAGCAGAGACGUUGGGCGACUUGAGCCUCUGCUACGGAGUGCGGCAGCUAUCUCGUAUCAGAUGCUUUGGAAGUCCAAGCAUUGCGGCGCAUACCUUCAAGUCGAGAAAAUCUCAUGGAGACUAACCACUGGGAGAGGCUUGGGUGGAAAACGUUAUAAACAGCAACAGGGCAAGAAGGACACAGUCAUAGACUGGGUUCAGAAAGAAAAGCGAUUGCCGCUGCCAUUAUUAUUUAAAAAUAAUCCCUGUGUCCACCAUUGUCCAAUCAUGUUGAUUUCUUCGCAAUAUCACAGAUCUUUAGCAAGGAAGAUCAAAUCAUGCAGCAUGUUCAAUGCCUAA